AUGACAGACAUAGGUGAUGGACCACAUUUGGAGCAAGAUCAGAUGGAUGCAAAAUCUAUUGCUGGUUCCAAAGGAAAGAACCUGCCUGCUAGCAAGUCUAUGGACUCUGGAAUUCUGCCAGACUACAGUUACAGAAUGGAUUAUCCAGAGAUGGGGGAAUGUGUAAUAAUAAACAAUAAGAACUUCCACAGGCAAACUGGGAUGUUACCCCGUUCGGGUACAGAUGCAGAUGCUGCAAGUGUCAGAGAAGUUUUUAUGAAGUUGGGAUAUAAAAUAAAGAUCAACAAUGAUCUUUCCUGCGGGGACAUUUUUAAACUAUUGAAAAAUGUUUCUGAAGAAGAUCACAGCAAGCGAAGCAGCUUUGUUUGCGUGUUGCUAAGCCAUGGUGAUGAAGGAUUCAUCUAUGGUACAGAUGGCCCUCUUGAACUGAAAACACUAACAAGCCUUUUCAGAGGUGACCGAUGCAAAAGUUUGGCAGGAAAACCCAAGCUCUUUUUCAUUCAGGCUUGUAGAGGGACAGAAUUAGAUUCUGGUAUUGAGACAGACAGUAGAUCAGAAGAGACAAUGUGCCAAAAAAUACCUGUCGAAGCAGACUUCCUGUAUGCAUAUUCUACAGCUCCAGGCUAUUACUCCUGGAGGAAUUCAGCUGAAGGCUCCUGGUUUAUUCAGUCACUGUGUAAAAUGCUGAAGGAACACGCAAGGAAACUUGAACUCAUGCAGAUUUUAACUCGUGUAAAUCGCAGAGUGGCAGAGUACGAGUCCUGCUCAACUCGGCAGGAUUUUAAUGCAAAGAAACAGAUUCCGUGCAUUGUCUCUAUGCUUACCAAAGAAUUUUACUUCCCUUGCUAAGAGUUUCACCUUGUAGUUUUUAAGUUCAUGUUUUAUCUGUAAUUUAUACACAAUGUUAGUAUGAGUACCACUUUCAAAUCUGAAUUACUGUUCACUACUGUGUGUGGCAUAAUGAACUGUCUCAAAGUUAGGAGUGUCCAUUA